AUGUACAAGCAAAUCGUCACUCUCUCGCUCUUGUCUCUGACAUCUGCCCUGCCCCAACGGAACCGCGGCGGCGGCAACGGCGGCGGACAACGACAACAAGCAACCGCCUUUCAACAAGCCGCCCAAGUCCCCCAGGGCAUAAGCACUGCAACCGACGGCUCCAUGAUCCUCGACGACACAGUCAUGGUCAACAAUCUACCCAUCCGCUUCAAGAUCUCCGCUCCAGCAGACCAGUUCCUACCUGCGUCUGGCGUGCCCGGUGCAGCAGCUACCUCGUCCAAUGGCACGCUCGGCGCAAACGUACUGCUGCAUGGUGAUGGUGGACAGAGUUUCUUCGACAUGCCGAAUCAGGCCGUGCAGGCCAACACCAUGGGUGUCGCGCUUCUGGCACCCGAUGACAAUCUGUUCUGGGGCGGAGGUGCCGGCUUGCAACGAACGGAUGGUGUUGCACACGCGCAAGCCGUGAAUGACUUUAUCCAAACCGAACUCCCAGCACGUGUCGCGGUCAACAUGUCCAACAUUGUCUUCACAGGUGUCUCAGGAGGCAGUCUGAUGAUGUCUGGUUUCUUCAUCCCAGCGCAGAUGCAAAACUAUGCCAACUCGGCUGUGGAGCUAAACUGUGGUGGCAUGCCUCCUCAGGUCGCGUUCCAGAAUGCGGCCACUGUUAUGCAGCAGACGAGGAUACACUUCCAGUCUACACAGUCGGAGCUUCAGUUACUUCAGGGGAGUAUCCCACAAGCCGUCACAGCCUAUGAACAGCUAGGCGCAGACGCAGGUCUAUCUGCUGCACAAAUCAAUCAGCUACAGACUGUGGACAACACGCCGCAGGGAGGGCAUUGCGAGUUCGAUGGACAGGAUUUUGUGAGUGGUGUGCAGACCAUGUCGAGCAGCUAUGCAAAUGUUAUGCAGGGUGGCAAUGGGGCGGUGCAGGGUAUUGGGGCGCCGAGUACGGGUGUGGUCACGACGGGUGUUGUUGGAAAUGAGAACUUGCAAUUUGUGGGUGGGAGGAAGCGCGAGGUGGACGUGGAAGCGAGGAGCAUGGUACAGAUGCGGUGGGCGCAGGAUGUUGUUGAGGAGCCGGACUUUCAGAUGCUGGCGUGCGAUAGGAGUUCGUGCUCGGCUGACGAGCCUAGGAUCUAG